AUGUUGAAAAUACCACAGACUGGGAACAUGGCCAUUCCAACUCGAGAAACUCUGACAUUCGAACACAUCAGAACUCUUCUCGCAAACGAACUUGUCUCUACAAAAACAGACAAGGAUAAAGUCGACGACCUCCAACGUCAAAUGCGCGAAACUGCAAAGCGCCACGUCGCUGAUCUUGUCAGUGCUCGUCUCAAUCGUGAUUAUGGUUUAUUCGAUUUAAUUCGUCAGCGCAGUGCUGGCAUUUUUGAAAUAUUCACAGAUGUAUCCGUCGAAACCUACCCUUCUGCAAUCCCUACAACAAGUCUCGUGGAUGGCGAUAACAAGUUCUUCAUUCAUGAAAAACAGAUUUUUUGUUUGCAGUCUUCGACCAAUUCAGUAAAGUGCAUUUCACAAGGUCCUUUGUCGUUCAUCACGAAAUUUUUCCACAAGACAGAAUACAUCAAAUUGUUCAUCGACACCGAGAGGCAUAUUUUUUAUGCGUUGUCGACAACAUCACUUGACGUCUACUCCACUAUUUCUUUCGCCUUUUUAUAUUCGAUUCAGGGUGUCUAUUCCGCCAUUAGCGAUCUCAUCUCGAAAAGUGGGAAGGAUGAUUUGUCAGUUCAAGCGAUUUUGCCACUGAGUUCAGCGGUUUCAAACGUUUUCAGUUCGAUCAUCGUUUUUUCAUACAAAUUUAUUGGCUACGUCACCGGAACGAAAAUUGCUUUUCUGAAAAAUACGAUGAUCGAAGAAACUAUAAUUUGCGCUUCUAUUAAUCUUAAUUCCAUAUUAAUAGGAACGGUGGAUCGAGUCUAUUUAUUCAUCGAGUCGGAGGAUAUGUCCCUGAUACGAAAUGAUGACAUGUUCCUUGUAGGGGGCAUUGCCGUCAAAGCCACUAGGGCCGUUCCGCAAAAAUCCAAUCUCGCAUAUCCACUCGAAGACAUCUCAUUUUUGAUUGAAGAUUGUUCCGACGGAACGGACGAAACAUUUGAGGGGAGAAAUUCGAAGGUAGAGACAGACGUACCUUCCACAGUAAGUGAAGGCACAACUCCAAAUCUCCCAAAGAGGUGGAUAAUCACGGUGAAAGGGUGUGCUACACUAAUUGAAGAGGCUGAGUGCUUGGCAAUUCAAACACUGAAAGAUGUGUUUGAAGAGUAUAUUAACACAUUUGGAAACGUCGGAGAAGCGUGUUUUGCUUACGCUGCGUUGACCUCCAAGAAUAGAAGUAUUGUAGACGCUGUUGAGUGUGUGAGAAAUGAGUGUAGUACAAUAGAUGGGUUGUUUGAGUUACUCUUUAGGGUUGUAAAAAGAAUUUGGAAAUUGGACAUUUAUGGUGAGUACUUUGGAGAUGACGAACAUAUUCUGGAGUGUAUCAAAGACUACACAGAGGAUUCGCAAGACAUCCAAAAGGUUGGAAUUAACGAAGUUGCUUCAAUCUGUUUGGACUUGGUCAAGGCGAUGAAAACUGUUGGACCACUGUAUAAGAGGCAGAAUACAAUGAGUGUGGAGGAAUAUAUCCGAACUGGAAAGAAAGAUGUUUAUCAAAAAGUUAUUUAUGAUAAAUUGGUGGAGAAAAUUGUGAACGAGCAGGGAUGCGAAUGUCUGACUGGAGUAUUGAAAGACAAAAAAUGUGGGUUUUUUGACAAAGCAAUGGAAGCAAAGCUUAAAGUUGAAAGGGCUGUAUUUAUGAUGGGAAAGUCGGAGGCUGAUGUUGAAAGUGACCGAACGGUGUAUGGGGGGGAAAUAUUUAGUGCAGUUACUGCUGCAGAGAUUGAUGUUGAGCCAAUAGAAGAGGACUUGGUUACGAAUGGGAUGUCUGACAUAUAUGUUGCUCUUCUUAUGAAGUGGAUGAAAAAGGGCGAAAAAGAGAGUGAGAGCAAAUUGGAGAGUUUGAGAAGAGUUAUGAGAAACGUCUUUGUCCCGCUCAACAACAUGAAGGACAGCUUGAGGAAAAACACACUCAGCGACGACAACCUUUACAACAUCAGAAUGAAUUGUGUCGACACAGUCAGUCAGAGUGGAAACGAAGAUGCGCUUCGAGUUGUGUAUGAUGUGAUGGUUGAAAAAAAUGAAAUAUCCUUAAUUCUUUCAUCACCCCUCCAGUUCGCAAAAUCGUAUAUUGAAGAGAAGUGCCCAGAGCUUUUGUGGCGAUGGUACAUCACCAGGGGACGCACAGAUGAGGGUGUUUUGUGUUUACUGAAGCUCACUGUCGAAGAUAUUUACAAACAAGAAAUAAAUGUUGACAAUGUGGUCAUGAAAAAACCUAGCGACAUCACAACACGUCUAAGACUAAUCAAUGAAGGUGUUGGUAUUGGGAUGGGAUGUUCAACAAGGUUGCAACAAGAAAUCUCAAAGGCAUACAAAAUAUUGAGCAUAAUGAACUCCGUCUGUCGGAAAGUUGUUUCCAUCGAGGAGUUGCUCCAAACAGCUUCGAAACUGCAUCAAUUUGAUGUUGUAUUUAUUGUAUUGUUAUUCUACACUACAGCAAGUGAAAACUAUCUUUACAGGACUCUGAUGAUCUUUUUGGAGUAUGCGUGGUCACACGGCCAAACUGAAUUUAAGAGAGAGGUUGACAUCCUCGCAGCAGAGACUGCAGGUUCAGUCCCUUCAUAUGUCAUUGACCAGUUCGUGAAAGCAAAACUUAAUGAUUGA